GACAGCAGCCGGUGGGGUGACACCGGGGACCCCGGCACUGACCAUCCUCCCACCGCCAGAACCCACUGGGACCGGUUCGACCAACUGCACCGGGCCAGCCCCACCAUGGCCACCAGCGAGCCCACGCCGGCGCAGUCCAAGGCAGAGGAGCAACAGAGCAUCGGGACACGCGUGGCCAACCUGCCCCUGGUGAGCUCUGCCUACGACAUGGUGUCCUCUGCCUACACCUGCACCAAGGAGAGCCACCCCUGCGUGCGCUCCGUCUGCGACGCCGCCGAGAGAGGGGUGAGGACCCUGACGGCAGCAGCAGCGAGCGGGGCCCAGCCCCUCCUCACCCGGCUGGAGCCCCAGAUUUCCAGCGCCAAUGAAUUGGCCUGCAAGGGGCUGGACAAGCUGGAGGAGAAGCUGCCGAUCCUGCAGCAAUCCCCCCAGCAGAUCAUCUCGGACACCAAACUGCUGGUGACCUCCACGGUGACGGGGGCCAGGGAUGUGCUGACCAGCACCGUGGCCGGGGCCAAGGACGCAGUGUCCAGCACUGUGGCUGGGGCUAAGGAUGCAGUGACCAGCCGAGUGACCGAGGCCAAGGACGCAGUGUCCAGCACCGUGGCCGGGGCCAGGGAUGCAGUGACCAGCACCAUGGCAGGGGCCAAGGAUGCAGUGACCAGCCGAGUGACCGGUGUGAUGGACAUGACCAAAGGGGCCGUGCAGGGCGGUGUGGAGCUGACCAAGUCCGCGGUCAGCAGCGGUGUCAGCACCGUGGGCCAGAUGGUGGCCAGCGGGGUGGGCUCCGUGCUGGGCAAGUCGGAGGAGCUGGUGGACCAUUACCUGCCCAUGACAGAUGAGGAGCUGGCCAAGCUGGCCACAGCCGUGGAGGGCUUCGAGCCGGAGCAGCAGAGGCAGCAGCAGAGCUACUUCGUGCGCCUGGGCUCCCUCUCCACCAAGCUGCGGCACCGAGCGCUCCAGCACUCCCUGGGCAAACUGCAGAGCGCUCGCCAGAGCAGCCAGGACCUGCUGGCCCAGCUCCAGCGCACCCUCGACCUGGUGGAGCACCUGAGGCAGGACGUGGACCAGAGGCUGCAGGGAGGGCAGGAGAAGCUGCAGCAGCUGUGGCUGGAGUGGAACAAGAAGCAGCCGGGCGGUGGCAAGGACCAGGCGCCACCGGAGGCGGUGGAGUCGGGCACGCUGACCAUGCUGCAGGGCUUGAGCCAGCAGCUGCAGAGCUCCUGCCAGCCCUUGGUGUCCAGCCUGCAGGGGCUCCCCACCAGCAUCCAGGACACGGCGGGGCAGGUCCGGCACAACGUGGAGGAGCUGCGGGCGGCGCUGGCCUCUGUCACCUCCCUGCAGGACGUGACGGGGCCCGUGCUGGCCCGAGCCCGCAGCCACGCCACCAAAGCCCGGCAGCUGAUGGACGAGCUGGUGGAGCACGUGGCCUUCAACACCCCCCUGACGUGGCUGGUGGGACCCUUCGCCCCCUCGGGCAAGCGCGCGGUGGAGCUGGAGAUGGAGUAGCAGCUCUGGGCUGCUUCCCCCCAAAAACGCCUCGUUAGGAGCCUUAAACACCCCCAGCCCCCCUCGCCCCCCACCCUGUGCCUGCCCCAGCUCUGUCCCUUGUCCCCUUGCUGGGGACUGCAGAAGUGCCUUGGCUGCCCCAAGUGCCUGUUGGGGGUCCCCCAUGUCCUCGGUGCCUUGUAGGCUUAA